AUGGUUUUUGAUGUUUGUAAUGAUGAGAGCAGGAUGGGAUUUAGAGGCGGCGUGGGGACACUUGCUUUAUGGUCAGUCCCCAAAUCUCAAAGAAGUUGUAACAUACUAUUAUUAUUUUUAUUGUGAAAGAAAAAUAAUUGUCAAUAAUAAGUUAUCUUUGUCCUAUGCGUUAAAAAUAUGUCGUUUUUUGAUAUUUUUUUCCCGAAUAAGUGUACCUUUAGUACUUAAUGAUUUUAAACAAGUUAAAUUAUAAAUAAUUUGACUUUUUUCUUUCUUUUUUAUAAUUUUAUAUUUUUUUUUAUUUUCUCUCUCAUUCCUUUUUUAAUUUUUUUUUUAUUAAAAUCAUAAUUUUAAUUAAUGACCGUUGACCCGAGAUCUCAAAGUGUGGCUCUUUCUUUUUAUUUUUUUUAGGGGAAGGGUGGCUCUUUCUUGAUUGCUGAUUGUUUAUCUAAUUACUAUAUCUGUUUUUUUUUUUUUUUUUUUUUUAUUUAUUUAAAAAAACGACAUAACCUUGCAUUGUCCAAGUCAAGUGGGACUCUGCUUUCUUUUUAGUAAUCCGAAUUGGCGACAUAUUCAAUAUCUUUUAACCAAAUUUGUCAAACCCCUCCCCCAGAUUGAUUAUAAAACGAAGAAUAUGGGAGGUAAAAUCGCACCUUUGUAUAUUUCUCUGUCGAAUUCUGGCUGUAGAAAAAUUUGACGAACAAAAAUUUCUAACAAUGAGCACUCAAAUUCUAAAUUUUCCUACUGCAAUCUUUAACAACAAUCCAUGUGAGCAUAUACAUCGCUUCAACAAUUGGUGUAUAUGGUGCGGUAAGACUUUGGAUUAUACCCCUAAUGAUUUUCAGCCUUAUGAUAACGUUAAUUCUCACAUACAUAAUCCAGAAGUUAAUUCUUUAUUAAACCAGAAAAAACUAUAUCUAGUUCUUGAUUUAGAUCAUACAUUGCUUAAUACGACUCGAUUGACGGACUUAAGUUUGGAUGAGGAAUACCUCAAGUAUCGAACUAUAUCUUCUUUGUUUAUGUUAGAUAAAAUAGGGAUAAUUACAAAGUUGAGACCGUUUGUUCAUAGAUUUUUACAAGAAGCAAAUAAAAUGUUUGAAUUGUGUAUUUACACUUUGGGGGACCGUGCUUAUGCCCGAGAGAUGGCGAAACUUCUUGAUCCUGAAGAUCAGUUUUUUAAAUCAAGAAUAAUUUCAAAAGAUGAUUAUCCUGAUAGAGAUAAAAAAGGGCUAGAUGUUUUAAAAAUACCCGAGAAUAUGGUUAUGAUACUUGAUGAUACAAAAGCAGUUUGGCAAAAUCACAAAGAAAAUCUGAUUUUAAUGGAUAGAUAUCACUAUUUUUCUUCUAGUUGUCGUGGUUUUGGUUACAAAAACUGGAAGUCUCUUUCUCAAUUGAAAAGAGAUGAGGAUGAAUAUGAUGGAGCACUUGCAACCAUUCUUCGUGUUCUUACAAGAAUACACCAUGAAUUUUAUGAAAAUUAUAAAGAUACUGUUGAUAUAGAUGUCAGACAACUGCUAAAAACAGCAAAACAGGGAGUUUUAAGAGGUUGUAAGAUAGUGUUUAGUGGAGUUUUUCCCAGAAAUUAUGUUGCUGCUAAUCAUCGUUUGUGGAAGAUGGCCGAAGAGUUGGGAGCUCUAUGUUCAACUGAACUUGAUUCUUGUGUAACCCAUGUUGUUUCCACAAAAGGUGACACGGAGAAGUCUCGUUGGGCUGUCCAAGAGGGCAAGUUCCUGGUGCACCCUAGGUGGAUCGAAGCUGCAUAUCAUUUAUGGCGUAGACAUUUAGAAGACAAGUUUCCUGUGAACGUAGCUACAUUCAAGAUGAAGGCUAUCCCGUCACCUGCCGCAAGAUUAGGCUCGGGUGUUACUUUGAGCACAAAUGUAGAGUUGAAAGAUGCAACUCGCCCUUGCUUCCAUAGCUUGAUGGGAUUCUUAUACACAAUUCUUCCUGAGAUAUUGUUGAUUGCAUUAGGACCACGAAUGUCUCUUGUAACUUGA